AAGAUGUUUAUUGCACCAUAAUACUCCACUUUACCACCUUCUUUCUCCAAUCAAUAUUUAAUAUUUUAAAAGUAUUUUUAUACGCCUUGUCAUCUUAAUUAUAUCUAUGAAGCUAAAUAUAUUUGAUUUGAUAUAUAUUCUUGAAUCUUGAUGCGAAGUGAUAAUAAGAUAAUACCUUCUUUUUUAAUGGCUAAUACAAGUCUUAUAAUGAUAAUCGCCGCCGUCAUUUGGGCUGCAUUUUCCGGUGAUAUGGCAUCCAACAACCAUCGAACACGCACAAAUACGACGGAUUCUCAAGGCUCCACCACUCCACAACAAGUACAUAUCUCGAUGGUGGGAAGAGAUAAAAUGAGAAUAUCAUGGAUGACUCGAAAACCAGCUCUAUCAAAAGUAGAGUAUGGUAUGUCAUCUGGAGUAUAUGAUACUUCUGUUAUUGGAACUUCUACAACUUAUUACUAUCUUCUUUACAAGUCUGGCCACAUCCACGAGGUUGUCAUUGGCCCUUUGAACCCUAAUACGGUUUAUUACUAUUCUUGUAGUGCUGAUGCUUCUCGAGAGUUCUUUUUUAAGACUACACCUCCUCAAUUGCCCAUCAAUUUUGUUGUUAUAGGUGAUUUAGGGCAGACAGGAUGGACAGAUUCAACACUACAACACAUAUCACAAGCCAAUUACGACAUGCUCUUACUCCCAGGUGACUUAUCAUACGCAGACUAUUGGCAACCGAAAUGGGACUCAUUUGGGCGUCUAGUGGAACCCUUGGCUAGCCAGAGACCUUGGAUGGUAACCCAUGGCAACCACGAGAUUGAAAAGAUACCGAUACUCCAUGGAACUCCGUUUACAUCCUACAAUGCUCGAUGGCAUAUGCCUUUCGAAGAGAGUGGGUCUCCCUCCAACCUAUAUUAUUCUUUUGAUGUGGCAAGUGAGGUUCAUGUCAUCAUGCUUGGGUCUUAUACCGACUUUAGCCAAGGCUCAAGUCAAUACAAAUGGCUCGAGGGUGACUUGAACAAGAUUGACAGGAAAAAGACGCCGUGGGUUAUGGUGCUUUUCCAUGCUCCAUGGUAUAAUUCUAACAAGGCUCACUCAAAGGAGUAUGAAUCAGUGAAUAUGAGAAAGGCCAUGGAGCAAUUACUUUAUGAUGCAAGGGUUGAUGUUAUUUUUGUUGGGCAUGUGCACGCUUAUGAGCGCUUUACUCGAGUUUACGAUGGAAAAGCUAACAAGUGUGGCCCUGUACAUAUCACUAUAGGAGAUGGAGGCAAUCGUGAAGGACUUGCCACAAAAUUUACAGAUCCAAAGCCUGAGAUUUCCAUUUUCAGAGAAGCAAGUUUUGGUCAUGGACAAUUGGAAGUUAUCAACUCAAGCCAUGCUCAGUGGACGUGGCACAGGAAUCAGGAUAAUCUUUCAGUAGCAGGUGAUUCAGUUUGGCUAACCAGCCUUUUUUCUCAUCCGGAUUGUAACCCUCAGUAAUUACUUCAGUAAUUAGGUUAUAUUGCUUAUUUGAUUUUUGUAAAUAUAAUAAUACAUACUACAGUACUUUGUAUUUUCGUAUGAUAUUUAAUUGAAGGGUAAUUGAGUAA